UAUUUUAAUAUCACUAUCUAUCACGUCACCGUGGGCGUUCCAUUUCAUACAAAUAUAUCUAGAGUUACUCGAACUGACAGUCUUUGAACGAUUAGCGUUAACUAAAGUUACUUUUGUAUACAUAGUCUGCAGUAAUAUGCCAGGAUACAAGUGGGUGAGAUAUUCUGGAGCAAGGUAUUGGACUCCCGGAAUGAUUACCAUUGGCCGUGAUUUGGAUGGUGCUCAUCUUGUUGUUGGCCGAGCGCAUCAUCAUGGCGAUUUGCUACCGGCUAAAGCUAAACCUGAACAUGGUGUUGCAUAUGUUGCUCAUGGCGGGGCUGAACACAUAAAACACGACUUUGAAAUCUUAAUGCCAGCAGAGUUUCAUUGGAUACCAUCAAGACAUGGUCAAGUACCACCUGGAGCUGUAGAGGGCGGCAGAACUAGUAAUGGAGAAGUAUUAUUUGUCGGUCGCGCUCAUCAUAAUGGAACUCCUUGUGUAGGGAAGAUUCAUCCUAGUCAUGGAAGUCUUUACAUUCCCUACAACGGCGAGGAAAUUCCUUAUAAAGAGUACGAAGUAUUGGUUCAACACUAAUUUUACAAAAUUAUUUAAGAUGUGUUCUUUGAAUGCUAACGAAACCUUAGAUGAAAAAAUAAAGUUUUAUAAAAAGUGAA